AUGCGUACGUCAUUCUCCAAGAAGUCCAUGAACCUGCCCAGACUUACAUCUUCACAGCUCGCUCGACAUAGCAGAAAUCGAGACCUGCACUCAGUGCCACCAUUGGGGACCCCCAAAGACGCCAUAUUCACUCGCUACGGCGUCCCCGGCCUCUUCUCAAAAGAGACAUACCAAGAAACAUGGCAACAAUACCAAACCCACCUCCUAAACUUCGUCAACAACGAAGUCCGGGGCACAACAUCUGAAACCCUCAGCAUGAAGACCCUCCACGAACACACCUCCCGAGAUCGAUCAAAAGCCGAACUCUACAACCACGCCGCCCAAGCACACCACAACCACUUUUUUUUCAGCGGCCUCUCCGCAGCCGCAAAGCCCGCGGAGCCGUCCACCACGCUCCGCGGCGAGAUUGAACAAUGGUUCGAGUCAGUCGAUCACCUGGGCGACGAGAUCUCCCACAUGGCCAUGUCGAUGUUCGGAAACGGCUACGUCUGGGUCCUCUGCGCGAACGACGAGGAGAAGAUGUGGCGCGUCAUGUGCACCUACAAUGCAGGCUCUCCAUUACCCAACGCUCACACCAAACCGCAUGUCGAUUCAAGGCAGCUUUUCUCUCGCGGAUUUACAUCAGGGCGAAUCGAGCAGGCAGAGUAUCGAGCCGGGUCCUUCGGUAACUACUCGGGCCAGAUAAACCGUCACUUCGAUGCCUUCAUCGGCACACCAGUAUUGUGUCUGAAGGUCUGGGAGCAUCAGUACAUGCGAGACUAUGGUCUGGCCGGCAAAGAACAGUAUAUCAGCAAUUGGUGGAAGCGCGUGGACUGGAAUGAAGUGCAAAAUAGAUUCAACGUAAGCUCCGACAUUACGGUGGAUUAUAAGUCUGCGCCGCCACCGUCACGGAGCGCGCAGGUAGAAAAGAUGAAUGAAGGCAUGCGAAAUGCUUUCCGGAGAGCAGAUGGGCCAUGA